AUGGCAGAGUUCUCCCAGAAGCGGGGGAAGCGACAUGAUGAUGCUGUGCUGGGCAGUGCGGUGGACUUCCUACUGGUCAAUGCCCGCCUGGUGCUGGGCGUGGGUGCAGCUGCUAUGCUGGGCAUUGCCACCCUGGCUGUGAAGCGGCUUAUUGACAAGGCGACUAGCCCACGGGGUGAGGAUGAUGAUGCCAAGGGUGAGUCUGCGUGCCUGGAGGAUGAAUGGAAGGAGCUGAGCCUUCUCAAGUCCACACCACGCCCACAGUCUCGGCCCCAGCCUGCUGCCCUCAGCCAGCCUAUGUCCACCCCAGCUCCCUCGUCUGCUGUUCCAGAGGGGCCUGGAGACACUGGUCCCUGGAGGCUCCCUCAGUGUGGCUCCCCAGCACCGUUAUGCCUGACUUUCCAGGAGAAGCUGCUGGCAUUCGAGAGGGACCAUGUGGCCGUCCCAGCAGUUGAUGUGACUGUGGCCCAGCAGCUAAUCCGUGACAUCAGCCUUGAGCUUCAGACUUUCCUGCAGAACAAGUUUCCAGAACUGCCCUUUGGGACCCUUGAGCCUGGGGGGCCCCUCUUUGAUGGGCUUCAGGCUGGUGCUGCCGACCCUGUGCGCCUCCUGCUGCCACUGCAACUGGAGCCAGGCUUGUGGAAGCUGGUGCCAGGGGCUGACACCGUGGCCAGGGAUGCUCGCUGCUGGGCUGUGCGCAGGACCCAACUGGAGUUCUGCCCUCGUGGGAGUAGCCCUUGGGACCGUUUCCUGGUGGGUGGCUAUCUGUGUGCUCAGCUCCUACUUGAGCUGCUCCGCAAAGUGCUGGCCACUUCUGUCAAUUGGCCGGCCAUUGGCAGCCUUCUCGGGUGCCUCAUCCGGCCCAGUGUGACCUCUGAGGAGUUGCUGCUUGAAGUACAGCAGGAUUGCUGGGAACUCACAAUCGCUGUCCUUCCUGCCUUGACUGGUGCUGGUGCCAACAACCAUGUCCUUCUGGCCUGGCCCCUGGAGGGGCUGGCUGGGAACCUCUGGCUUCAGGACUUCUAUCAGGUUGAGGCUACCAGGCUGCGGGCCCUGGAUGACCAAGACGCUGGCACUCGUCAGCGACUUCUGCGGUUGCUUUGUUGUGUCUGCUACCGUCAUCCGGCCCUGGGGCGACUGAGCCGGAGCCACCUCACCCAGGUGAUGCUGCACCUGGGGGAAGAAGAGGUAGACUGGGCUGAGGCAGCCCUGGGGUCGCGCUUCCUGCAGGCCCUGGAGAAGCUCAUCAGCAGCCUGGAGCAAGCCAGCCUGCCGUGUCACUUCAACCCCAGUGUGAACCUCUUUGGUGACCUGCCUGAGGAGGAAAUUGACAGCAUUGGCUAUGUGCUGUACAGCGGCCUGCAGGCCCCUGAGUGGCUCCUUUGGGGGGGUGGCCAGCCCAGGUUCUGA